AUGCAGGCUGUGGGCAAGGUCCUUCCUGCCCUGAACGGCAAGCUCACUGGCAUGGCCUUCCGUGUGCCCACUCCUGACGUGUCGGUGGUUGACCUCACUGUUCGCCUGGAGAAGGGAGCCAGCUACGAUGACAUCAAGGCAGCCAUCAAGGCUGCAUCUGAGGGCCCUCUGAAGGGCUAUCUUGGAUACACUGAGGACGAUGUGGUCUCCACUGACUUUUUGGGUGACCCCAGGUCGAGCAUUUUCGAUGCCAAGGCAGGGAUUGCUCUCACUCCUAACUUCGUGAAGCUGGUGUCGUGGUACGACAACGAGUGGGGCUACAGCCCAGCCUCCCCGCCUACCUACGAGCAGGCGCGAUUUUCCCUCAGCGGAGCUUCCGUUCGGAGCGGCAGCGGAUUUUCCCGCGGCACCGUGGGAGCUGAGACCAGCGCCUGUUGCGGCAACAGCAGCCGCCAUCGCCGCUCCGCCAUUUUUUGCGUGUCGUCUUCCGCGCGCGCCCCAAAUCCGCUCUCCUUACCCGCACGUGGGGGAUUUCUAACCGCGGGGAAGAAUGUUGACACGAGGGGAAACUCCGCAUGUGCGCGGAGCAACCAGGGAACGCGGAAUGGGAUUUUGUCGCAAGGAGGCGUUGGGGUUGCAAACAGGCCUUUCCUCAAAGGGAUGGGGGUGGGGCCGGGGCUUCGGAGAACAGGAGGGGACGGAUUCGGGGGACGUAGAGGGGCGGGGAAAGUUGGUGCGCGAAGAAGAGUGGUGGUGCAAGCUGUGGGUCCCGAGAUAGGCUCGAAUGCGGCGUACGAUGUGAUUGGGUCGCUGGGGCUCGAUACACUCACGUUCCUGGUGGCCACCGUUAUUGUCAUCCCCGCAUUUAAGAGCCUCAAAAUAAGCCCGCUCUUCGAAAUGGGCCUCGAGCUCUCCCUCGAGCGACUCAGAGCACUCGCCAAGUUCGCAUUCGGCAUGGGCCUUCCCCAGGUUCUCCUCACUACGCUUGCCUUCACAGCGUUCGAGCUGCCAAUCGACAAUGCCAUUGGCACGCGCGCACUCGAAUUCCUCUUUGGGGCCAAAGCUGAUCUGGUGAAUAUCCGGUCACUAGAUGAGGCCAUUGUCAUCGGAGCUGCUCUUGCGCUCUCCUCCUCCGCCUUCGUGCUUCAGUUGUUGUCUGAAAAGGGUGAGCUCGCCACUCGCUACGGGUCGGCAACUCUCGGCAUCUUGCUGCUGCAGGACAUUGCAGUCGUCCCUCUGCUCGUCAUUCUCCCCAUCCUCGAAAACGGGGACUUCACCGACGAUUCCAUCUUCCCUCUGCUCGCUCUGGAAGGAGCCAAGGACUUCACGGACGAUUCCAUCUUCCCUCUGCUCGCUCUGGAGGGAGCCAAGUCGCUGCUGGGGCUGGGAGUGCUGCUCUACACGGGCCGAAUCGCUCUGCGACGGCUGUUUGAGUUCGUGGCUGAGUCGCGGAGCUCAGAGGCGUUCAUUGCGCUCUGCCUGCUCACAGUCACGGGAACAGCUCUCAUCACCAGCAAGCUCGGAUUCAGUGACUCGUUGGGAGCGUUCCUAGCAGGAGUACUACUGGCAGAGACCAACUACCGCACACAGCUGGGAGCGUUCCUGGCAGGAGCACUGCUGGCAGAAACGAAUUACCGCACACAGGUGGAGGCGGACAUCCGCCCCUUCAGAGGGCUGCUGCUGGGGCUCUUCUUCGUCACCACUGGCAGCUCCAUCGACCUCAACCUGCUAGCAUCGGAGUGGCCCAACAUCCUGGUGCUACUAGUAGGCCUAGUAGGCAUAAAGGCGGCCAGCAUCACAGCUUUCACCUUCUUUUCUCACUCUUUUUCUCUCCAUCUGUCGUCCUCCCCCCGGCAGCUGCUGGCAUCGGAGUGGCCCAACAUCCUGGCUCUCCUCGUGGGCCUCAUAGGCAUCAAGGCAGCCAUCAUCACACCUUCCAUCUCAACCACCUCUUUCCAUCCCCACUCUCUCUUCCCCACACCCUCGCAGCUGCUGGCAUCGGAGUGGCCCAACAUCCUGGCUCUCCUCGUGGGCCUCAUAGGCAUCAAGGCAGCCAUCAUCACGGCUCUAGGGCCGCGUGUGGGGCUCACUCUCUCGGAGUCCGUUCGCACGGGGCUGCUGCUGUCCCAAGGGGGCGAGUUCGCCUUCGUUGUCUUCGCCCUUGCUAACCAAUUAGGCGUGCUCCCCUUGGAGCUGAACCGCCUGCUCACCAUCGUGGUGGUGCUAUCCAUGGCGCUCAGCACCCUCUCUUCCCCCUUCUCCCCUCCUUUCCUCCCUCCUCCCUUUCCUACCUCCCUCCCCUUCCCCCCACAACCAAUUCAGGCUGGGCGUGCUCCCCUUGGAGCUCAACCGUCUGCUUAUCAUCGUGGUGGUGCUCUCCAUACUAGGCGUGCUCCCAUUGGAGCUGAACCGCCUGCUCAUCAUCGUGGUGGUUCUUUCCAUGGCGCUCACGCCCUUCCUCCAUCUCCCUCCCUCCCUCCCUCCCUCCCUCCCUUCCUCCCUCCCAUGAGCCAGACUAGGCGUGCUGCCAUUGGAGCUGAACCGGCUGCUCAUCAUCGUGGUGGCGUGCUGCCAUUGGAGCUGAACCGGCUGCUCAUCAUCGUGGUGGUGCUAUCCAUGGCGCUCACGCCCUUCCUGGACGCCCUGGGGCGCCGAGCAGCCGAGUACAUAGAGGACAACAUCGAAUCCAGGGACGCUGCCACUGUUGCUGCCGGGGGCGUGGGUGGUGGGGCGGCUGUUGGUAGACUGGGAGCAGGCGGCAAUGGGGCGAUGAGUGGAGCCGAUGGCGGCAUGGAAGGCGAAGCGGCAGGCGCAUCCCACUCUACACACUUCGCCGGUGCGGAGCCGAUAGUCAUUCUGGGGUUCAACCAGAUGGGGCAGGUGCUGGCCAACUUCCUCUCCACGCCGCUUGCAGCGGGGUCAGGGGGAGACGCUGCUGGUUGGAACUUCAUCUCCUUCGAUCUCAACCCCAAGCGCGUGCGGCUUGGCGCAUCGCUCGGUUUCCCCGUCCUGUAUGGCGACGGCAGCCGCCCGGCAGUGCUGGAAUCGGCCGGCAUUCGCCGCCCCAAGGCCUUCAUGGUCGUCUAUUCCAGCCGCACCCGAUCCGUGGCUUCAAUCGAGCGGCUCAAAGAGGCUUUUCCUGGGGUACCUCUGUAUGCACGGGCAGUGGACUCAAUGCAUCUGUCGGAGCUCAGGCGAGCAGGGGCCACUGACGUGGUGUUGGAGAGCGCUGAGACUGGUCUCCUCCUCGGCUCCAUGAUGCUACAGGGCAUGGGGGUGAUGCGAGAUGAUGUGACUGGUCUGCGUCUGGGCUCCAUGCUUCUACAGGACAUGGGGGUGAUGAGAGACGAUGUGGUGUUUGUGCGGCGCCUCAUGCGGGACGCCAUGGACCAGAGGGCUCUCUCUGCUUCCUCCUCCUCCCAGUCCUCCGACCUCAUCUCCUCCCGCCCUCUUCUCGACACUCUCAAGGAAACACUCGGUCGUAGAGCCAUUCGGCCCAUAGAACCCACAGCCUUUCUCAUGAAUAAACAAGACGAGCGUACUGCCGCUCCUUCAUCUGCAGCAUCCGCUGCUGCAUCUGCAGCUCUUUCUGCUGUCGAUGGGGACACGCGGCAGCAGGAGAAUCCUGCUAAAGUUGCCGCGUUUACCGCCACUCGUGCAUCUGCAGUGGCUGCUGCAGCUGCAGCUGCCGCUACAGUGGGCGUGCUUGUCGCGAGCAAAGCAGACGAAACAGCAGCAGCUCCAAAAGAAGAGGGCGAGGACACACAAGCAGGGAUCAAAGAAGCACCCGUAGCAAGGGGUUUCGGUGCAGAGAUCCCAUCCCUCGACUCCCCAUUGGGUAUCAACCCUGUAUUCGUACUGGCAGACGCCCAGGCUACUCCUGACGGCAUGCUUCAGUACUUCUCCGAUGGAGAGGACUUUGUUGACCGGAAUCUCAGCCUUGAUGCCAGUCAGCUGCCUGCUGCAAGCGCUGCAAUGCCGCCGUCAUUGGACUCACCAGUGGUGCUGGGAGAGGGGUUUGACUCGGAAGGAGGGCAAGCUGGGGCGGGUGAGAGGCUGGUUUACUUUUCAGAUGGGGAUGACUUUGUGGAUGUCAAGCUGGAGCUUCCCCAGUCCGGCGAUUUCCCUAGAGAAAAGUAA